AUGGGAUACAAGACUCUGUGCUUUGGAUUCUCUUGUAUUUUAUUUGCUUAUUGUCUUUAUUCACCCAUUCCAGAGAAUAUUGAAGAACCCUGGAAAGUGAGAUUCACGGAUACUCUUAUAAAAGUGGCUUCACAUAUGGCCAAAUUAUUUGAAAAAAUAGGUGUCAUGAAAUAUGAAAAAAUAUUUUCAACUGUGACAACAUUUUACAUUGUACAAGCAGUUUCAGAUGAAAACGUUACAGUGAUUGACAGAGAGUUCAAUAACAUCCCUGUUCGUCUGUACUUGCCAAAGAGGAAGUUGGAAAGAAAGAGACCAGCAGUGAUUUUUAUUCAUGGUGGUAUCUUUGUCUUCGGAAGUUGCAAGGUAGCAGCUUAUGACAACCUGAACAGACUCACGUCGAACAAGCUCGGUGCUGUUGUUGUAGGAAUUGACUACAGGCUUGCUCCUCAGUAUCAAUUCCCAGCUGCCCUUGAAGACUGUGUUCAUGUGAUCAAGUUCUUUCUUCAGGAUAAAGUUCUUGCAAAAUACAGAGUGGAUCCCUCUCGCAUAUGCAUUAUGGGAGACAGUUCUGGGGGUACCUUGGCAGCAACAGUGACUCAGCUGCUACGAAAUGAUCCAGAAUUCAAAAAUAGAAUCAAGGCACAAGCCUUACUAUACCCUGGCCUACAGAUGAUUGACACCUUUCUGCCAUCUCACCGAGAAUAUGGACACGGUCCAAUCCUGCACAGGGAGAUGAUGCUACGGGUGGCAUCUCUAUAUGUGACUAAAGACUCAUCACUGACUCAGGCCUUACUGAGAAAUGAGCACAUGCCCGAAGGAUCAAGGCACCUAUUCAAGUUUGUUAACUGGAGUGACUUUCUUCCUGAGAAGUAUAAAAAGAACCAUGUUUACACUGAACCAGUGCUUGGAAAAUUGAAUGCUUCCUACCCAGCACUUAUGGACAGCAGGCUGUUUCCUUUGUUAGUCAAUGACUCCCAGUUGCAGAAUUUGCCACUCACUUACAUCUUCACUUGCGAACAUGAUCUAUUGAGAGAUGAUAGUUUCAUUUACAUCACUCGGCUUAGAAAUGUUGGAGUUCGGGUUAUUCAUGAGCACAUGGAAGAAGGUGUUCAUGGGGCUAUCUCAUUCACUACGGGUACAUUGGCUUUACAUCUAGGAUUUAAAAUAAGAGAUAGGUAUAUUCAUUGGUUAGAGGAAAACCUAUAA